CCUGCUGAGCAGGGCAGGAGCAGACCAGGGACCCACAGCAUGUGAGAAGCAGGAAGUGUAUGUUGGGGGAUUGGGUAGGACUGGCAGUGAGAAAGGGGGGGAUGCCCAGGCUGGGGGAAUGGUACAGGAAGGGACGGUGUGGGAGAAAGAGAGCACCUGAGUAGAUGGAUGGAUAGAAAUUGCCUGGCAAGAGAAGGUGAAACAGGAACAGACUGAGAACCACAUUGGUAAUGCGGAUGUAUCAGGUACUGUAGUUUAAGAUUAGGGAACUCUUGAGAGGAAAGCACAUCAGUCUGGUGCCUUCACAGCCGGCUCCUCACACCCUUUACAAGGUCUCUGGCCUUAACAGGAUCUGGACUGAUACAGCAAUGGAUGCUUUUGGAGGAGCUCCCCGGUUUCUUGUCUACCCCCGCACGUUCACAGUGCAGAGUGGCACUAACGCUGUACUGAAAUGGCAAGUGGCUGGUGAGCCACGCCCUAGCAUUGCCUGGGAGAAGGAUGGCUCUGCCCUCGACCUGCCAUCAGGCCGGAUCUUUGUGGAGGCUGAGGGGGAUGCGUACAGCCUGCUGGUGUCUAAGGCUGGCCCAUCAGACAGUGGACGCUACGUAUGCAAAGCUAAGAACAGUGUGGGUGAAACCUAUGCAGCUGCUACUCUCAAAGUGGAGGGGGCCGAACUGAGACCCAAAGGAGAUCUGGAUUCUCAGCCUCCCAUCUUCUUGAACAGGCCCGUCUCUGCCCGGGUGGCCCGUGGAGAGGAUAUCACCUUUGCCUGCAGGGUUGCAGGGCAGCUUGAGUGGGAAAAGGAUGGACGCAAACUGUCAGACAUUUUCGAGAGCAGCCACUACAAGGUGCUCACAGAACCUGGUGACUGGCACUCUUUGCAUAUUUACAACACCCGCCCCCCAGAUGCAGGUGUCUAUGUAUGCCGGGCACAGAACAACUUUGGAGAGACCACGGCUGCAGCUGUCCUCCUGGUAGAUUCUGUGGCAUGCAUCUCCCAAGAUGAACUUUUUCAAGACGCCCUCCCAAAUGGCCAUUUGAAGAAGCUGCCAGAGUCGCAAGAUACCAAGGGGCAGCGGCAUCACUCUGGGCAAAAUGUGCCACCAGAAGCCAGGCAAAAUGGAGAAGUCCCUCCCAACCUACCUUCUACAAAGGCAUUUACUGUCAAUGAAGGGAAGCAUGCCAAGUUCCGCUGUUAUGUGACUGGCAAGCCUAAGCCAGAGAUUGUCUGGCAGAAGGAUGGGAAAGUGUUGUCUCCGGGAAGGAGACACCUGCUCUACGAAGACCGAGAGGGUUACUUUAUCCUCAGGGUGCUUUAUUGCACCGCCCAGGACGGUGGGCUGUAUGUGUGUACAGCCUGCAACACAGCUGGCCAGACACUCAGUGCCGUGAGACUCCAUGUGAAAGAACCACGGCUACGGUUCCAGGCACCUUUGGUGAAUGUGGAAGUGAUGGAACGCCAGGAUGCAAUAUUAGAGUGCCAAGUGCCUCUCGAGACCAUCCCGACAGUGUGGUACCUUGAAGACAAGCGCCUGCAUCCCAGCCCUAAAUACCUAAUGGAGGAGCAUGGUCUGUUGCGGCGACUGACAGUCCGGGAUGCCCGGGCUGAUGACGAUGGUAUCUAUUUAUGUGAGAUGGAGGGCAAGGGCCGCAGCAUUGGGGAGCUCUCAGUGCAAGGUCUGAUAGUGAAACGGUUACCACGGAAGCUAGAUGUCAUGGAAGGGGAGAAUGCUGCCUUUUAUGUAGAAACACGAGAACCUGUGGAGGCACCAAGUUGGGGACGUAACGGGCAGGAACUGGUAGAAACAUCUCACACCCUCAUCAGAAGCUUUGGUAAAAUCCACCUUCUGGUACUGGUGCAUGUGUCACGGCACGAUGCUGGAGUCAUCACUUUCACAGCAGGCGAAUCACAAACGUCAGCACAACUCCGUGUCAAAUGUGCCAAGAGAGUCCCACCAAGUGCACCUGUGGCAGCAAAGAUGUGCACAUCACACAGCAAUGCUGCACUUCUGUCUUGGUGCCCACCGCCAGACGCGCACCGCAGUCCACCAAGCAGCUACAUCCUUGAGAGGCAGGCUGUGGGAGAGGCUGACUGGGUGCCUUGUCUUACCACAGAUGUUGCCAGCACGGUUGAAGUUCCGGGUGAUGGCAUGCCACAGGAGGCUGACUACCGCUUCCGUGUGUGCGCUGCCAAUCAGUAUGGAUGCAGUGAGCAUGUGGAAUUCCCGGGGUUUGUGCACCUUGUCCCCAGGGCCCGCAUACAGAGAGGACUGCAAGAUGCCACAGUUCAUGUUGGUGAGGAUGCCACUUUCUCAGUUCAGCUUUCAGCCACAACAUGUGGCUACUGGUUCUUCAAUGGGAAAAGGCUAGAGAAAAAGGAGGGGAGUCAGCAGUAUCAGAUCACACACAGUGGAGUGGACCAUGCCUUGCAGAUCCGGUGUGCCCAGCUACCUGCAGAUGGGUCCGAGGUGCGAUUUGAGGCCAGUGGUGUGAAGGAAUGUGCAGUAUUGCAUGUUCAAGCCCCACAGGUACGCAUUACCCCGGUGCCUGAGGCCAGGCGACUUCGAUCUGUGGCGGCUGGGAUGCCCUUGGUUCUAGAAUGUGAAGUGUCUGUACCGGACGCCCCUGUCUUCUGGUUCAAAGAAGGGACUCCUGUGGCUGUGGGGGACAGCGCUCUUGUGGUCCAGACUGAAGGCUGCAUCCGCAGACUGCUGAUUCCCGCAGUCUGCUCCUUGGACUCUGGAACGUAUACAUGCGAUGCGGGUGACGAUGCCAUCACUUUCAGCGUGGUUGUGGAUGAACCUCCUGUGAAAGUUGUACGUUCCAAUGCUGAGGAGGCCCACGUCUACCAGGUCGCACAACAUGUGGUGCUGUUCUGUGAACUGUCCUCCCCUAAUGCUCCUGCGCGCUGGUAUAAGGAUGGGGAGGAAGUGGAAGAAAGAGACGGCCUCCUGCUGGAGAGCGAGGGGCCUCACUGCCGGCUGGUCAUACCUGCAGCUCAGGUGCAACACACAGGGGAAUUUGUGUGUGACGUCGGUAAAGAUUCUGUCUCCUUCAACAUCACAAUCACAGAGCCUCCCGUAAGGGUUGUACGUUCCAAUGCUGAAGAGGCUCACACCUACCAGGUUUCAGAUCGUGUGGUCCUGUCCUGUGAACUGUCCUGUCCUGAUACAUCUGUGCACUGGUAUAAGAAUGGAGUCGAGGUAGAAGAAAGUAAUGGCUUGCUACUAAAGAAGGAGGGUGAACACUGCCAGCUGGUCAUUGCCUCUGCCCAAGUGAAUGAUACUGGAAAAUUUGUGUGUGACGCAGAUGGUGACUCUGUCAUCUUCAACAUCACUGUCACAGAACCUCCUGUGCAAGUUGUAUGCUCCAACGCGGAUGAAGCCCACAUCUAUCAGACCUCCGAACGUGUGACAUUGGCAUGUGAGCUGUCUCGCCCUUAUGCUUCUGUGCGCUGGUAUAAAGAUGGGGAAGAGGUGGAGGAAAGUGAAGAUCUUCUGCUGCAGAGUGAAGGGUCUCACCACCGGCUGAUAAUUGCCUCAGCCCGGGUGCAAGACACAGGAGAGUUUGUAUGCGAUGCGGGUGGUGACUCCGUCUUUUUCAAUAUUAACAUUAAAGAGCCUCCGAUAAGGAUUCUACACUCCAGUGCGGAAGAGGCCCAUGUGUAUCAGGUGGCAGACCGUGUGGUGCUCUCUUGUGAGCUGUCUCGCCCCGAUGCUCCUGUGUGCUGGUACAAGGAUGGGGAAGAGGUGGAAGAAAGCGAGAGCCUCUUGUUGGAGAGUGAGGGGCCACACUGUAGGCUGAUCAUCCCUUCAGCUCAGGUGCAGGAUUCUGGGGAGUUUGUGUGUGACGCCGGUGGUGAUUCUGCUUUCUUCAACAUCACUGUCACAGAACCACCGGUACAGAUAGUGCACUCCAAUGCAGACAUGGCUCACACUUACCAGACCUCAGAUCGUGUGGUUCUGUUCUGCGUCGUGUCCUGCCCCAGUGCUCCUGUCCGCUGGUACAAGGAUGGCGAGGAAGUGGAAGACGGUGAAGGCUUGUUAUUAGAGAGUGACGGCCCUCACCGACGGCUCAUCCUUUCCUCAGCAUGUGUGCAAGACACAGGGGAGUUUGUCUGUGACAGUGGCAGUGACUCUGCCUUCUUUACAGUGACUAUUGCAGCUCCCAAGGUGCACAUCACCCCAAUGUCAGAGUCCCAAUGUCUCCAGAAGAUCUUGACUGGGAUGCCUCUCCUCCUUGAGUGUGAGGUUUCUGCUCCUGAUGCUCCUGUCCAUUGGCUCAAGGAUGGACAGACUCUUGUCUUGGAUGAUAACAACCUCACUGUCCAAUCAGAAGGCUGCAUUCGGAGGCUCUUGAUCCAUUCAGCUUGCCCUCUGGACUCUGGGAUAUAUACAUGCAAUGCAAUUGAUGACAAUGUCAACUUUACUGUGACAGUGGAUGAGCCCCCUGUUCGAGUGGUGUCCUCUAAUGCAGAUGCCCCUCAUAUCUAUCAAGUCUCAGAGCGUGUGGUGAUGGCUUGUGAGUUGUCCUGCAUGGAUGCUGCUGUGUGCUGGUACAAGGAUGGGGAAGAAGUGGAGGAAAAUGAUGGUCUUCUGCUGGAGAAUGAAGGGCCUCAUCGCCGUCUCAUUAUUGUUGCUGCCCAGGCUCAAGACACAGGGGAGUUUGUGUGUGACACUGGUGCCGACUCUAUCUUUUUCAAUAUCACCAUCAAAGAACCCCCAGUACAGAUUUUACACCCUGUGGAACGUUCAUUGGAAAGGCAUGUGUGGGCAUUUGAACGCUUGGAGCUGAGCUGUGAGGUAUCCAUCCCUGAUGCCACAGUACGCUGGUUCAAAGAUGGCCUGGAGGUAGAUGAGACACCCAACCUUUUGCUUCAGACGGAUGGUGCUCAUCAUCACCUGGUUAUCCUGCAAACAAGUGCUGAAGAUGCAGGUGAAUACAUCUGUGAGACCAAAGAUGAAUCUGUUUCCUUUGAUGUCAUGGUUUCAGACCCCCCAGUGCGAAUUGUGGGGCGUGAUGAGCUGCAAACACACUACCGCUGCCUGGUUUCAGAGGAUCUGGUGCUAUCAGUGACGCUGUCCUGCCCUCAAGGAGAGGUGAAGUGGUACAAAGAUGGGGAGAAGCUGCAGGACACAGAGCGUGUGCGGCUGGAGCAGGAGGGGACACACCAUUCACUGGUGAUUCGGGGAGCAAAACGCAGUGAUGCUGGGGAAUAUCUGUGUGACAGUGGCGAUGACAGCCUCAUCUUCAAUGUCACGGUAGAGGAACCUCCCAUCUCCAUUGUGGGAAACACAGGGGUGCCUGAACACCACUCCGUGGCAGCAGGAGAAGCUCUAGUAUUGGCUUACAAGGUGUCUUCCCCUAGUGCUGUUGUGCAUUGGCUGCGAAACGGCGAGGAGUUAGUGUCCAGCAAGCAUGUUCGCAUUGAAGCUCAUGGAAGACACCGAAAACUCACCAUUCUUGGGGCCAAACCAGGAGAUUCAGGCUCCUAUUUAUGUGAUGCAGGCACUGACCGGAUGGUGUUCACAGCAGAAGUAGCAGCACCCCCUGUGCAUAUUGUGAAUAAAGCAGAAGCUCAGGUGCCUGUGGAGGUCCAGGAAGGAGAGAACAUGACACUGGUUGCUCGACUUUCCCAAGAGAAGGCUUCUGUCCAGUGGCUGAAAGACAUGCGGCCACUUUACCCUGGGCCACAUGUGGUCAUGAGCAGUGAUGGGCUAUUGCGUAGCCUAACCAUCAGGCAAGCUGAGCCAGGUGAUAGUGGCACCUUUACCUGCAAUACUGGAGAUGAUGAGGUGCAUUUCACAACAUAUGUGCGAGAGGCCCCAGUUCUGUUUGUACCCAAACCAGAGUAUCCAGAGAAGGUCUUGGUCCUGGAGGGGGGCAGUGCUGUGCUCUCAGCUAUUGUCUCCAAGGAAGCAGCUGUGGUGAGCUGGGAAGGACCUCGUGGCACUCUGGGGGCAGGCGAGCACUGCCAGUUGCGUCAGGACGGCCGAGUACACAGCCUCCUGUUGAGCAAUGUGGGCAAGGCUGAUGCUGGCGAGUACAUAUGCCACUCUCCUCAUGACCAACUGCAUUUUGAGCUUAGUGUCAAAGAACUGCCAGUUAAGUUUGUUCGAGGACUCUCAGACGUUUCAGCACUGGAAGGAGAGACAGUGCUGUUCUGGUGUGAGCUGUGCAAAACCAAAGGUGAUGUUGUGUGGCUGAAGGAUGGAAAGGAACUGGAGCCCAACGAACGCCUGGAGAUCCGAGCAGAGGGGCGGGAGCGUUCCUUGACCCUGCACCAUGUGGUGCCUGAGGAUGCUGGUGAAUACUCGUGUGAAAGCAACGAUGACCGCACCCUGGCGAUCCUUACAGUUCAGAUUCCAAGGUUGGUGGAAAUCAUUUCUGAGCUGCAUAACUUAACAGUGCUAGAAGGUGAUGAUGCUACCUUCAAAGUCGUGGUGUCUCCAGAAGAUGUGGCCCUGGAGUGGCAGCUAAAUGGCCAAGAAGUUGUGCCCAAUGAACGUUUGACCACAACCAGGAAUGGGCUGUGCCAUAUCCUCACAAUACGACAGUGUAGGCUGAGUGACACUGGCAUAGUCACCAUCUAUGCAGAAGGCCUCAUGAGCUCAGCCAGGCUCAGUGUGCAAGAAGCUCAGGUGCUGUUUGUGCACACUCUGCAUGACUUGGUGGCCGAGGAAGGUCAGGAUGUGCGCUUGGAAGUGGAACUGAGCCUGGAGAGUGCUGAGGUGCAGUGGAUGAAACAAGGCAUCCUGCUGCAACCAAACACCAAAUACUCAAUGGAGGCGCAUGGGUCCCAACGUACUCUCACCAUCUACAGUGUUGAGCUUGUGGACCGAGGCAUCUACCGAUGUGAAAGCCUUCAUGACCGCACCCAAGCCAAGCUAAGUGUGGAACCCCGAAAAGUGAUGGUGAAGAAACCACUCUUGGAUGUGGAGACCUUUGAAAAGGAGACAGUAACAUUUGAGCUGGAACUCUCACAUCCCAAUGUGUCUGGGGUCUGGACACGGGAUGGCAUCCGUGUGAAGCCAAGUUCUAUCUGCCGAGUGAGCAACACAGGUUGCAUACACAGCCUGACCCUGCUGGGCCUGACCCUAGAUGACUCAGGAACUGUGGCCUUCACUGCUGACACUGUGCGGAGCAGUGCCCGCCUUACUGUCCGAGAGCCACCAGUUACUAUGCUGCGCCUUCCCCAGGAUAUGGGCAUCCCUGAGACUGGGUCAGCCACCUUUGAAUGCGAGCUGUCCCGGCCCAUGGCUGAAGUGAAGUGGUACAAGGAUGGAAAGGAGAUGCAACCGGGGCCAAGUUGCCGCAUGUAUUCAGUGGGACGCCGACGCCUCCUGCAACUCAGCCACUGCGGCCUUGAAGAUGCGGGCGAGUACAUGUGUGAUGCUGGUGACUGCCGGGCCUCUGCCAGACUGCGAGUCUUUGAACGGCAGGUGCAGAUUUUGCGGGACCUGGAGGAUGUGCGUGUGCGGGAGAACGAGAAUGCUGUUUUUAUGUGUGAGGUGUCCCUUGAGGAGGUGAAAGGUGAAUGGUUCCGAGAUGGAGAGAGAAUCAGAGUUACCAGCACUGUGAAAAUACGUCAGGAAGGAGCCCGGCAUUUCCUGCUGUUGUGCUGUGUCCAUCCAGAAGAUGCAGGCCAGAUCCGUUUUGUGGCAAAAGCAGCUGUUUCUGAAGCUCGCCUGGACGUGGAGGCAUUACCCAUUCGUAUCGUGAAACCGCUGCGGGACAAGACUGUACUGGCACAGCACAAAGCCACACUGGAAUGCACAGUUUCUCAGUCUCGUGGGCGUGUACGCUGGUUUCGUGGUGACACAGAGAUCUUUGCUGGCCCCAAGUAUGAGAUCUGCAACUUGGACUGUUACCGAACCCUCAUCAUCCACUGCGUUGAGCCAGCAGAUGAGGGGCUGUACACCUGUGAUGCACUGGAUGAUCGCUCCACAGCUCGCCUGCUUGUGGAGGCUGAGGGGAUCCAGGUGGUCCGUGCUCUGAGAAACGUGGACGUAGUGGCUCCCUCCGAGGCUCAGUUUGAGUGCGAGAUAUCGGCUCCUCCAGCAUUCAGUCCUCAGUGGAGUCUCAAUGGAGACGAACUACAGCCUGGUUCACAAGUGAAAAUGGAGAGUGUGGGACAUGUCCAUAGACUGAGGCUGUGCCAGACAACUCCUGGCAUGAGUGGGAUGGUGAAAGUCACCGUUGGCAACGCACGCUCCAAAGCCCACCUGACAGUCCGAGGCUGCUAGUAUCCAGGAAGGCACAGAAUAAAAUAAACAGAAUGGCCAGGAUCACCGGGGGGAAAGUGGACACUGCAUGUGGGAACAGGCAGGAGAAUGACCACACAAGAAGGACAAUUCAUCUCCCUCUUCUGCAUGACCAGGGAAGCAGGUUUUGCUCUAUUUCAUGCUCUCGACUUGUGCUUUUUUAAAAAAAAUUAAACUCUAAUGUUAUUCAGUAA